AGUUUGACCAUAAGCAGGAAAUGAAGAAGAAGAGGAGGAAGAAGCAGAGUAAUGAAGGAAUUGGAAGGCGCACAUGAACAGAAUGGGGGGUCUUUAAAUAUGUGGGAGUAUUCCAAUGACAUCGACAGAUCGAGAUGACGAACCAGGAAGCUUCUCUCGAGGCCACACCUACCUGGGCUGUCGCUGGCGUUUGCUCCAUUUUGAUCUUUCUGGCUCUCAUCAUCGAACGCUCUCUUCACCGGUUAACUCUGUUACUUGAGAGAAGAAAGAGGAAGACGCUUAACCAGGCUCUCAACCAUGUCAAAGCAGAACUGAGGAAUCUGGGGUUCAUGUCCUUGCUGUUGACUGUUGCUAAACAACCCAUCUCAAAGAUCUGCAUACCAGCGAGCCUGGGAGACUCCUUUCUUCCAUGCAAGGAUGCUGCACCGCCAGGCAGAUUCGUUGAGGAGCAAUCUUGCCAAGAGAAGGGAAAAGUAUCUCUGGUUUCAUCAGUAGGGACUCAGCAACUGCAGAUAUUGAUCAUUGUGCUGGCCGUGUUUCAUAUCCUCUCUUGCCUUGUAACCUUGGUUCUUGGGGAGGUUAAGAUGAAGAGGUGGAAGGCAUGGGAAGAAGAAACCAGCACUCUGGAGUAUCAGUUAUCAAAUGAUCCUCGAAGGUUUAAGCUGACACGGCAAACAUCAUUUGGAGAACGGCAUUUGAAGAUCUGGAGUAAUCACCAUUUAUUUGUUUGGAUUGUCUGCUUUUUCCGACAAUUCACUGAUUCGGUCUCGAAAGCUGAUUAUUUUUCUCUUCGGCGUGGAUUUGUUGCGGUUCAUUUAUCUCAAGACUCCAAGUUCGACUUCCGAAAGUUUCUGCAGAGAUCACUGGAUAAAGACUUUGCGGUGGUUGUUAGCAUCAGCUUCUGGAUAUGGAUGUGUGCUGUGUUCUUCAUUUUCUUCAAUGCCUACGGAUUUUAUAGCCACUACUGGCUUCCCUUCGUUCCUCUAGUGAUUCUUUUGGUUAUAGGAACAAAGCUAGAGGUCAUCAUAACAACAAUGUGCUUAAAGAGCAGUAAUCAGGCAAUUGUUGUUCCAGGGACAAUAAGCGUGGAACUCGAAAACAGCAACUUCUGGUUUGCUCAACCUCGAUUGCUGCUUCACCUGGUGCAGUUCAUCUUAUUCCAGAACUCCUUUCAGCUUGCUUUCUUCACAUGGGCAUGGUACAACUUUGGGGUCCGGUCAUGCUUCGACAGAGAGGUGGCGGACAUCAUCUUAAGCUUCGGGACAGGCGUUCUGGUGCAGUUCUUAUGCGCUUACGUUACGCUUCCACUCUAUGCCUUGGUCACUCAGAUGGGUUCUUCAAUGAAGGAAACCAUCUUCGCCGACGAGGUUAUGGAGGGCCUGAAGAGCUGGAAGAAGAGAGCAAGGAAGAACCUGGCAAACCAGAGAUCGGUGCCUUCCGGUACCUUUCUACCGCGGCCGUAUACUCGGCUAACGGAUGAAGCUUCUUCUUCCUGUGGUCGCACACCGAGAAAGCGAGAGUUCAGGUACCCUUCACGGAGGCUGGAACUACUGGAAGUCCAGAGAGUGGUGGAGGAGGUCAUUCAGCACGGUGCCAACAACAUGCCCAGUGACGGCGAGGUCUCUUUUGGGCUGUGGAGACGACCAAUGAAUUAAAUGGUCAACAUCCAAAUCUUCCCAUGAAGGGAGCAACAUCUCCCAGAGGAAGUUGUAUUUGUGGUCACUGCCUUGGAUUAACAUACCGAUAUGAACCGGUGAAAUAGGACAAUUCAACAGUAAUAACAUAUAACAGAGUCCACAUGAGUCUCCAUCUUCGUCCUGCCAUGAAGAGGACUGAUGACCAAAGCCAGACUGUCUCAAGACCCCAAUAAUGCUCCAAGUCCAUAGUACUCAUCAUUAAACGGGAGCUCAGAUGGAAAGAACGGCGUCUAUACAACGAGAAAGAAGCUCAUGUUUGCGAAUUAAGCUGUUGAAAUGUCUCCUCAGAGGAUUGUUAUUGCUGGUGAAGCAGUGUCUUCUUCCUGUGCCAGAUGGAAUGCAUGUGGAAGAUGGGUACUCACUGAAAGGGGAUAUUCUACCUAAUGGCAGUCUCGUGCAAGCCUGUGUCGAUUCGAAGCAUCAACUGGUAACUGGGAAACAACCAGAGUUAAAGCAUCGUUUUUUGCUAUCCUACAGUGAUUGGAGUAGGGCAGAUGCAGCACUCGGUGGGUAAGCUGUCACAGCAGGACCACUAUUGCUCUCAUGUCUGGCCUUCCUGAUCUGUAAGAAGAGUGCAGAGGGCCAUGGCGUGAAAUAUAUGAAUGGAAGGAGGUGAGGUGAGGUGAGCUUUAUGUUCCACACAAGGUUCCUGAUAGGCCUCACUCGCCAACUCCGGUGGCCAGCUCAUUCCAACCUUCUUUUCGCUCACUCCACUACAAAGCGCCCCCCCACCCUCACCUCUCUCCCUCUCUGUCAUCACCUCCCAUCGAGCCAUCGACACCAUCCAUCCCCAAUGGCCUCCUCACCCAUGCUCAUUGGCCUGACCACAUUUCUCCUCCUCACCGCGUCCGCCCUCUUCGGCCAAACCGAGUCCAAGGUGGCUCCCGGUCCUAAGCCGGCGCCGCUCAACCUCACCGGCAUUCUCGAGAAGGGCGGGCAGUACGGCACCUUCCUUCGCCUGCUGAGAGAGACGCAGGUAGGGGAGCAGAUCGAGAGCCAGCUGAACAACUCCUUCAAUGGCCUCACCAUCUUCGCCCCCACCGACAAUGCCUUCAGCAACCUGAAAGCCGGCACGCUCAACAGCCUGACGACCCAAGAGCAGGUGUCGCUGGUCCUCUACCACGUCCUCCCGAGGUACUACAGCCCAACCACCUUCGAGACCACGAGCAACCCGGUGAACACGCAGGCAUCGGGGAGGAGCGGCGUCUACACCGUCAACAUCACCAGCACCAGCAACCAGGUGAACGUGUCCACCGGGGUCAACCAGACGCCCAUCAACAACAACCUCUACUUGGAAUUCCCGUUGGCGGUGUACUCGGUGGACAAGGUGUUGCUGCCCGCCGAGCUUUUCGGGGCUAAACCUCCCGCGUCAUCACCGUCUCCGGCGGCGACUCCGGUGAAGCCUAAGAAGAGUGCUCCGGCAGCUGACGGGCCUUCCGCGAGCGCCGACACAGCGCCUUCUGCGGCUAGUCGCAAGGGAAGGAGCGCGGAACGGGUCCUGCUUCUGGGGAUCGGGUUGGCGUGCGUUGGGAGUCUUCUCUAGGGAGUCCAUUGAUUGCAUGGGACUGUGACUGCGUCGUUGAUCUCUUGGGUGUCUGGUUUGCCGUUGUCAGUAAAUUCCUGCAUGCAUUUGUACCUUUUAUUUCUACCAUUCAUGAGUUAUUUUA